AUGCCAAGUUAUGUGUGGAAUGUCAAGAUAGUGCCUCAGCAUGAGGUAGCACGAUUGUGCAUAUUAAAGAUGCACUGGAACCCAGAGCAUGCCCAGCCCCUCAGCCAGUGGCCUGAGCAACACCUGGAUGUCUCCUCAACAACUUCGUCUCCAGCACACAAGUCAGAAUUCUACUCCGGCCGCAGUCGCAGCUCCUACAACUACUCUUGGGCAAACGACGACAUCUCUGCCCUUACUGCUUCCAAUCUGCUGAAGCGCUACGCUGAAAAGUAUUCUGGGGGACUCGACUCGGCGUACGACCGGCCACCCGCCGUGGGCCCCUACUCAGAGCCGAGUGCCUUUGGGGGCCUCACUGGUCAGAAGACUGAACUGGAGCCUUGGCCUCUAACACACAGCACUGAUGCAUCUUAUUCCCUCGUGCCUCCUGGAGGCCACGACAACCUGCCCACAUCCAAGGCUGUGUCCACGAGUGCAAGCCCUGCUGGAAAUAGCAGCGCAUCGGUUGUAAACAGCAGCCUCUCCGACUCUGGCUACAGCGGCGGCAGCUCCUGCAGUGGCUCCAACGACUACCCUUCCAGCUACAAUGGCACCUAUCUCUCAUCUGGAUACUGUCCCCAACCCGGUGCAGCACUUCCUCCUGCCUCCCUUCACACACUUCAAUCCACUCCCACUCUUGUACCCAGCUUUAGCCCUACAGCACCUGUCUACAGCUACCCCCCCAGCACAUACCCUCCUCAGAACAGCAUCGCCCCCAGCUAUAGCCACCCCUCUGCUACAUACUUGCCCUCAAGUUUGCCAACACCCACUCCUGUUCCUCCGAGGCCCUCUGUGGUAGGAGGCAACUACAGUUACCAGAACGCCAACAUUGGCACAUCAGAGUCCAGUGGGGGGAUGAAAAGAAAAGCAUUUGAGAUUGCUGUAGAAGAGAAUGAAGUUGGGGAUAGCACUUGUUACAGGAAAUACAGCUAUGACCCGCUGAAGGACGGUGGGAACUCACCGUACAGAGUAAGUGACAAAACAGAGUGUCGCGGAAACAGCUUUAGUUCAGCAGUUAGCACAGAUCCACAAAACUUUAAGCCCAGCAAGGCGUCCUCACAACCCCUGGUAUCUCCUCAGUAUGGGACAGGUGGAGAGUACAGUCCUCCUGCUGGCCUCACAGGAGAUAAUGUGGUGGCAGAGCAGACCUUCACUGAGCGGCAGCAACAGCGCUCUAAGGCCCACAAAAGCUCUUCAUUAUGCAGCCCAACUAUUGAGACUCUGAAGAGUCUGGACCCCCGCAUGUUGGACUAUAUUAACGGGGACAUUUUGGACUGCAGCCCAGCUCUGAGCUGGGGUGAGUUGGCUGGCCUCACCCACGUCAAGGCUGCCUUAGAAGAGGACCUGCUGUGGCCCCUACUAAGGCCCAGUGAAGUGGUACAAACACCAAGAAGCAUUCUGCUUUUUGGUCCCCGCGGAGGGGGUAAGACCACAUUGACUCAUUCCUUGGCCACACAAAUUGGAGCUUCACUGUACCGCCUGAGUGGCGCCUUGUUAGCCUUGAAAGGAAAGGUCGAGGCAGAGCACAUUCUGGGAUCUGUGUUACAGGUGGCGAACGCACGGCAGCCAUCAGUGGUGUUGCUCAGCCAAGUAGAAACCAUGGAGGAAGAGGGCCUGAGACAGACACUGCGGACCUUCUUGGAAAAGGCCCAGUUGAGCACGGGUUUGGUGGUUGUUGUGUGCGCCACCGGCCGGCCAGAUCUGCUGCAAGACACGCUCCAUCGCAGCUUCGCAAAGCGCUAUCACGUCGGCCUGCCGGACGCUGCCAUGCGUAGACAGGUGCUGCUGCAAGCGCUUUCGCCUCAGGGCUACAAUCUGAGUGAGCGGGAGCUGAAUGUGGUGCUGCAACGUACUGAAGGCUACUCAGUUUGGGAACUGCUACAACUCAGCCAGCAGGCUCUCUCAUCAGCAUCAGCCCCCUCUGGAGGUAUACAUGGAAAAGCCCCAGCCUUCCCAGACUUUGAGAAUGCAUUUUGCAAGGUGCGCGCACACAGCACUGCAAAAGAGACAGACACAUGUGUAGAGUGGAGCAAGAUGUAUAGCCACUGA